ACAACACUUGAAGUGAUUAUUUUGUGGUAUAGGAGAAAAUGUCGACUCUCAAAAACACAACUCAAGUUAACGGAGAUUCCUCAUCAUCCAUGGUUCGAGCUACAAUCGUCCAGGCCUCCACCGUCUAUAACGAUACUCCUAAAACUAUAGAAAAGGCGGAGAAGUUAAUUGCAGAGGCGGCGAGCAACGGAUCCGAGCUUGUGGUGUUCCCGGAGGGGUUUAUCGGUGGAUAUCCUCGUGGGUUUAGGUUUGGUAUAGCGGUUGGUGUUCACAACGAAGAAGGUCGUGAUGAGUUCCGCAAAUACCAUGCUUCUGCCAUUCAUGUUCCUGGCCCUGAAGUUGAUAAACUGGCGGAGCUAGCUAGGAAAAACAAUGUGUACUUGGUAAUGGGGGCUAUAGAGAAGGAUGGCUAUACACUCUACUGCACAGCCCUUUUCUUCAGCUCUGAAGGUCGAUUCUUGGGUAAGCAUCGUAAAGUCAUGCCAACAAGUCUUGAACGUUGCAUCUGGGGUUUUGGGGACGGAUCAACCAUCCCUGUUUACGACACACCCAUUGGCAAACUCGGUGCUGCUAUUUGCUGGGAAAAUAGAAUGCCCCUCUACAGAACUGCCCUGUACGGAAAGGGAGUUGAAUUAUAUUGUGCACCUACUGCUGAUGGUACCAAGGAAUGGCAAUCGUCGAUGAUGCACAUUGCCAUAGAGGGUGGAUGUUUCGUAUUGUCGGCUUGCCAGUUCUGUCUGCGUAAAGAUUUCCCUAAGGAUGCUGAUCACCUUUUUACCGACUAUGAUGUCCAACACGAUGAAACCAUUGUCUCCCAAGGUGGUAGUGUCAUUAUCUCACCAUUGGGAAAGGUUCUCGCGGGACCAAACUUUGAAUCAGAGGGUCUCAUCACAGCUGAUCUUGAUCUUGGUGAUAUAGCAAGAGCCAAGUUAUAUUUUGAUGUGGUGGGACAUUACUCGAAGCCAGAUAUUUUUAACUUGACCGUAAAUGAGCACCCGAAGAAACCAGUUACAUUCGUUUCGAAGGCGGUGAAAGCUGAGGAUGACUCAGAGUCUAGGGAGAAAUAAUCGAGAUUUGAAAGGUCAUCAGUUUAUCCUAUAUUUCUCAACUACUGGAGUUCAUGCCAGUCUUAUGUUUGUCAGUUAAUGUUUUAUCCUUAAAGUUUGUUUAUU